AUGGAGAUUUGGGAGGUGAUCUAUCCAGGCACCAACGUCAAGCGGUCUCCGGACCGACAGGCCAUGGGGGCACUAAUGCGGUCAGUGCCCAAGGAGAUGUGGGGAACUCUUGGCGUGAAGAAGACGGUGAAGGAGGCUUGGGAGACGGUGCAGACCAUGCGGGUUCAAGCAGAUCAGGUGAAGGAGGAGAGCAUUGAAGCCUUUGGCAUGUGGAUCACCAACCUCAUCGCCAACCUCAAAUCACUCGGUGAGACGGUUGAUGAUCCCCGUGUUGUCAAGAAAUUCAUUCAUGUUGCACCACCCCGUUUCAAUCAUAUCGUAGUAUCCAUAGAGAUGUUCUGUGAUGUUAAAACUCUAUCAGUGGAGGAUGCAGUGGGACGGUUGCGUGUGGUGAAGGAUCGGUUAGUGGACAAGGUGGAGCAAAUCACUAACAAAGUCACCCGUUUGCUACUUGCUAAAGAAGAAGAUUGGCUUGAGAAAUAUAAGCACCGUUUCCAAUCCAAUCAGAAGGAGGGAGGUAGCAGCGAUGGUGGUUAG